AUGCCGCGAGUGGCAGAGCGCCGCGUGGCGCACACAAGUGUUGCCAAUUCCCACAGUGAAGAUGAGACGAAUUCCAUGUCUCUGCUCUCAACCAUCGAUUCCACCAUCACUGACACGACCACCACGACCUGCGUCUACCGUAAGUUAGGGCGGCGGCGCCAAAUUACCAGCUCUGAUGUGACAACCACAGUAAUAUCAGGGGGCAGUGUAGACGACAGCAACCAGAAUCAGGGGCCUAGCAGAGCAACUUCAACUUGCAGUUUGAGUCCUGUCCCUAAAAGGGGGUCCGAGAAGAGGCCUUGUGACAGAAAAUCUGGUAAAUUUUAUUUUAGUGACGGAGAUGUGGGUUCCAGUGUAUCGAGCACUUCAAAGGCGACUUCCGAUGAGAGUAGAAGAAAAAGAUUCUUUAAAAAACGUGGAAAAAAGGCGAGUAAUUGCGACGAUAGUGACUCGGAGGGCAGUAUACUCAAAAAAUUUUGCUCCUGGAGAAGAUGUCAGAGGCGGAAGAAGCCUGGCACAGACAGCGAAGGAGACACCUACACAAUGAGUCGUGCGGAGAAGGACCAGCGUCGAUUUGAAGCAGUUAGGGAAAGGCUAAGGGCCUGGGGAGAGAGAAGCACCUUUCACGGGGUGGAUGUGCUCAUGGAGACGCCGGCUGAUUGGCGUCGAGUUUUUGUCUUUGUUCUCUUAUGCAUCAUGACUGCGUUGUGUUGGAUCUGCUGUGGGAAGAUGGUCCUCGGAUUCCUCAAUAUGUCUGUAACUACUGUCAUUGAUAGGGACAUGAAGGAGUUUCGCUUCCCCGCUAUCACUGUUUGUCCUGAUAGUCCCUUCACCAUGGCCCAACUAGAAGCUGAAGGAGGCGCAUUUCAAGAGUACAAGAAGUUGGCUAGCCUAUGGAUGAAGGAAUCCCCGAACACCUCGACCCUGGAUCCCCAAAAGUGGCCCCAAUACGAGGGUCAAUGGCGUCAGCGCAGCAAGUACUCCUUCUUUCGCACAUACAUAAAAACUUCCAGCCUGCAUGUACCCUGGGAGCGCUACUUCGUGGCCUGUCAGUACAAUGGCCUUUCCUGUCCAGAGCUCCCCGUGAAUGGUGUCAGCGUAGAACUCGUAGGGAUGGGUGGAGGUGAUAACAGAGAGGCGGAUGCGGGUAAGAAUGGUGUCUACGUGGGGAACUCGCACUGGACUCUCGACCCCGGUCGCAUCUAUGGGUACAAAGACGUAAGGGGAAAUAUUACGGAAAGACUAAAAGCUGCCACAAGUAUUGCCAAUCAAACGAUCUGGCCGAAGGAGUCACCUGUUAGAAUAGUCACCACGGCGAAGUACCAAUGCUUUCAAAUUCGUAUGAAAAUGACGAGUGUCAAGAGGUCCGGUUCCAGAGCCGGCCUUCAUCUUAUACUCAAGAGACCCUAUCAACAAGAACAGACCCACCCUGCACUUCUUUAUGCGGACGCAGACGCUAGCAUCUACCAGGGCUGGGAUGAUCACCAAGGCGCAGCGAACUCGGAGGACGCGGUCGUAGCCACGGAAAUGGACGGGUUCCAGGUGCUGCUACACGACGUCGCCGAGAACGACCAGCCUGUUCUCUCCGCAGCCGAUGUUGCCUCCAUUGGCGAUGCACACUCAGUAGUGCGUACAUCGGUGCGUUUCGGACAGCAUCUUGUCGUCACUGUCAAUCAGUUUAUCCUCGAUCGCCUAGACACAUAUUUUCGACCUUGCAAGAAAAAUAUCCAUCCCAUCUUCUACCUCGACGUGGAGAUCUUUGUAAAGGAGCAAAAACGACGCGCCAUUUCAGUGGAGUACACGCGGCGCAACUGUGUGGCGGCACUGCGACAGUCGGUGAUGCAGCGGCGCUGUGGCUGCCUCUCGGAGAGUUCUAUGGUGCCCCUCUACCUUGUCAAUCACCUUGCUACCCAGGGUUUCUGCCAUGACGAUGGUCGUGACAACAUUUCCGCCGCUGUAGCCUGUCACGAUGAUGUUAUGCGCAUGUCGGAUGAGGAGAUAUUGGAAGCCUCCAUUCCCAAACGCUGGUACCGCGUGGUUCUGGUGAAGCUCAAGCCUCAUACUCGCCACUUUUGGCUGUGUCCACAGCCCUGUGUAGAGCGUGUUAACGAGAUCUCCCACCAGCAGGUGCUGGCACUUGAGGAGGGUUUACCGAGAGAACUGUUGGAAAGAAUCAGCAGUCCAAACGGCACCAAUACUUCAACCAAGGCCAGCGUGUCGUCUAAAGCUAGUGGAGGAUUGGCCAAAACCGAUUAUCUGGUAAUAAGCGUAGCGGCGGAGAACUCCCGCGUUGCAAUUCACUCUGAAGGCGAAUCGGCCUCCUUUUUCAACCUCCUUGCCGCCCUCGGAGGAAUCUUUGGUCUCUUCCUCGGUCUCUCCGGCGUCACUAUGUUUGAGGUCCUUGAAUCCUACUGCAUCCUCCUUUCCCAGGGCUUCGGUACCUUCCGUCACGCCGCAAAAGUAGGCGUCAGUUUUGGAAAAAAGAUUUUCGCCCGAGAGAAAAGUCCUGAAUUCGAUGACGAUGAGGGAGGUGUGACAAUGGCUAAGUCCCCGCCACCUCCUCCUGCCUUAAAAGAACCUGAAAUCUGCACUGAUUGGGAUGCGGCAGUGCGCAAAGCCACCGAGGAGAUACAGGAGUACCUGAGUCGCCGUGAUGUGGGCGAUCAGAGGCCAGACUUGGUCCUACCCGCCUACAGAUGCGUUAAGAACGCCGAGGGGAAGUGGGACUGCAACUUUGUCGGUUCAUCCGCCCCUGGAAGUUGCCUGUACCCAGUGAAUUCACGUCCCCUCCCCACUGCAGCGGGCCGCGCCUCUGCUGUCAUAACUGCUUUACCCUCUGUCUCCUCUUCACCCUCUUCAAAGGCCUGUCCACGUCCGUGA